AUGAAUAAAGUGAAUUCACACUUAUCAACAACUUUUGCCACAAUGCAACCAACUUUUCGUCGACGUUAUCUAACUAUUAUUUGUGCAAUUAUCUUAAUUUUUCCUUUAUAUUUUAUUAUUAAUUCCACGCAAUCAAAACAUAACAUCAAUAAUGAGCGCAUAACGAAUUUAUUAAAAUUAGCUGAAAAAAAAUCAUUUUGUUCGGAAAAAUCAGUUCGACGAGGUUUUAAUCAACAUGUAUUAAGUGUGUCUGCUUAUGAAUCAAAUGAUCGUGUUGAACUGAAAACAAAUCUUACUUGGUCUUAUAUUCAUAUAUUUACCAAGGAAGCAAAACAGUUUUAUCCAUCAUGGGUUGUACGGGUUUAUUAUUAUAAUUUAAUAAGCAAAACAGCAGAUGACAUAGCAGAGUUAGAAAAGUUAUAUGAUAAUAUUGAUUUUUGUCCUGUCGAAAAUUUACCUGUCUUAGGAAACAUGAAAAAUAAAUUGCCUGGAAAAAUUCAACGUUUUUUACCUGCUAUUGAUCCACUCGUUGGUGUAUCGAUGGUUCGUGACCUUGAUUCAGAAAUUUUUGAGCGUGAAGUUCAUGCUGUUGACGAAUGGUUGUCAAAAACGACAUAUGCAUUUCAUAUAAUGCGUGAUCAUUAUUUACAUAAUAUUGAAAUGCUUGGCGGAUUAUGGGGCGUAGCAUUAAAUCGCCUUUCAUUUAAUGAUCGAUUAAUUAUGGCAAACGCUCUCUUACCAUCAGAUAAUGAAAAUGACAUAAGAAAAUUUUAUAAAACUUACGCUGGUGAAGGUGAUCAAAUAUUCUUAAAGGAUCAUAUAUUUCCUCUUGCUCGUCAUAAUUCUCUUGCACAUGAUUCGUUUACAUGUUUUUGGUCGCGCUAUAUUUAUCGAAUGGACACCCGCCCUUUCCCGACUCAACGUCAGCAUCCCUCAUGUUUUGUUGGUUGUCCAAAACCAUGUUGUACUCCUGAAUUGAAAAAAAACCGAAACUAUUCUUCGUAUACAAAAUGUCCGUCAAUGUGUCGUCCAAAAGAACAUAAUGAUUGGCUAUUUUGUUAA